CGAUCCUGGCGCCAUCACUCUCUGCCACGACAAUCCGCUACGGUCGCCGCAGGUAUGCUGCAUGGUGGACUACCCGCGCUCCAGCUGCACGAAGAAGCCGUGCUCGACGUCGCAAGCUGCGAACAACCCGUGAAGAAGGAGCUUGACGAGGGUCCGACGACCGCGCUGCGCCUCGGCGGACCCAUCGACCUGUACGCACGCGAGAACAUCGGCCUGCUCAUGAACUACGCCGCCGUCGGUCUCGUCCAUGGCACGUUUCCCAGCACGAUCUACCCGUUCCUCAGCAUGUAUCUCAACAUGGACGGCUUCCAGGUGGCCGGCGCGGCCGCGCUCAUCGCGCUCCCCUGGUCGUUCAAGAUGCUCAUCGGCGUCACGUCCGACAGCCUCCCGAUCCGCGGCCGUCGUCGCCAGCCGUACAUCGUGCUCGGCUGGAGCCUCUGCCUGCUCUUCCUCCUGUUCAUGGCAGCGACGCCGGUCCACGCGCCGUACUACGCACCCGGCGAGAUCCAGCGCACCACCAACGCGUCGCUGCGGGUCGUCGCGAACGUCCACGCAUCGGGCCAGGGCAUCACAUACGUGGUGCUCAUGAUGCUCGCGAGCUUUGGGUACGUCAUGGCCGACGUGGCGUGCGACGCGGUCGUCGUCGAGUGUGCGCAGCGCGAAGAAGAGGCUGUCCGUGGCCGCACGCAGACCACCAUCUACACGGUGCGCUACGCGUUCCAGACCUUCGCAUCGGGCAUUGCCGGUCUCACACUCAACGGUCCGUCGUACGGCGGGAGCUUCAACUGGGGUCUCUCGUUCAACAACCUCAUGGCGCUCACGAGCCUCGCGACGCUCGUCGGGCUCACGGGCGCGCUUCUCUGCUUCCCCGCCGAGACGCCGUCGCCGCCUCUGGCAUUUGGCGCGCGCUGCCGGGACCUCUGGCGGCUCGCGCAGACCCGUGCGAUCUGGCAGCUCAUGGCCUUCUCGUUUCUAAACGCGAUGCUGUUUGAUUUUGAGGCCGUCCCGUCGCUCGUGGUCCAGCGCGACUGGGCGCGUGUCCAGCCGCUCAACGCCGCCAUCUUCAAUGUCGUCUCGCUCCUCCUCAUGACAAUGGCACUCGUCUACACGAAGAAGCACCUCUUGCAGGCCGAUUGGCGAGUUCUCAUGGCGGUCACAACCUGCUCUGUCGUGGCGCUCGAUGCGACCGUGAGCUUCCUCACCAUCUUUGACGUACUCCGCAACCAGUGGUUUUACCUCGGCGCGCCGGUCCUUGGCAAUAUCCCCCAAGGCGUCCGGUUCGUUGUGGCGACAUAUGCUGCGGUGGAGGUUGCCGAGGUCGGCUUGGAGGGCACCACGUACGGCCUUCUAACGACCGUCUCGAACCUCGCGCAGCCGUUCGCUUCGAGUCUCUCCAAGAUGGUCGACGGGUACUUUGACGCGUUCCAAGAUGACAUUGCCAAGGACACGCCGUACGUGCGCCGCCAAGUCGCCUACACGUUUGUGAUCAUGUACAGCGUACGCCUCUUGAGCAAUGCGACGCUGUGGCUCUUGCCGCGCCAGAAGGCCGAGGCGCAGGCCCUUCGACGCCAUGGCGGGUCGAGCCAAGUCGCCGCGGUGAUCGCCUUCACCUUGUAUGUCGUCUGCCUCGUUUGGGCUGUCACCACCAACGUGCUCUCGAUAUUGCCAGCCACCGCGUGCUUGCGUAUCGCUGGCGGCGACGGAUGCGACCCGUGAGCCAAUACGGGCAGUCCAAGCACACAACACGCGGACCCGUCGGCAGUUCAAGUCCUGGGAAGCGCAGGCCGUACACCAACUUGGCGCCGUCAUCAAUUAUUCGUAGACAAAACUGGUAACAAAACUCAGACCGCAAAAUGUCGGGCAGGUCGGUCCCACAUCAAAGCACCGCAUCUUCAAGUCCCACAGCCCUAUUCCUCGUGUAACCCUAGCCCUGCAGCGCUACACUCGCCGUGCACAAACAAAGCAACUGUCGCGCCGUGUUAUUUUAGUAACAUAUAUGUAUAGGUCUUGAGAUAUCC